AUUCGAUGAGCCAAGAAUUGAACGGUUUGACUUAAAGUUUGUGAGAGUCUGAUACGAAAGAACCUGUUUGAUUUGAGUACUGUGCAGCUCCGUUUGAUAAAUUAUUGUACCUUGUAAGCUGCUACUCCCACGAUGAUAACAAGAGCACUAGUGAGAUAGAGCAACAUAAGUGUCCUUUUAAUCACCAGCUUCACUCCCAGUCCCAGUUGAUGGAUCAUCCUCUUAAGUUGGCUUUGCUUGUGUUAAUUGGGGUGGCAUGUAGCAUAAACAAAGCAUGUUCUACCCAAAAUGAUUUUGAGCAUUGUCAAACUACUGUCAAGCAAUGGGCAUAUACUUCUCGAGACCUCGAUGUUAAACAAGAUAAGCAAAUGCUCCGGGACUUGUUGUUUUUCCUUCAUAUUCCGAGGACAGGAGGCCGGACUUAUUUUCAAUGUUUCCUUAAAAAGCUCUACUCUAGCUCCCUCGAGUGCCCUCGUUCUUAUGACAAGUUGCGGUUCAAUCCCAGAAAAGCAGAUUGCAAGUUGUUAUCGACUCAUAAUGAUUAUAGCAUCAUGUCCAAACUUCCUAAAGAUAAAACUUCAGCAAUGACCAUACUGAGGAACCCACUUGACCGUAUUUUUAGCACUUAUGAAUUUUCAGUAGAAGUAGCAGCUAGAUUUUUGGUUCAUCCUAACUUAACAUCUGUCACAAGGAUGUCUUCUCGCAUACGCGCAAAGAAAGUUGGAGUUAGCACACUGGAUAUAUGGCCGUGGAAGUAUUUGGUCCCUUGGAUGAGAGAGGAUCUAUUUGCACGGCGAGAAGCCAGAAAGCUCAAGGGCUCAGCUUAUACUUUAAGUAACCAGUCAUACGAUAUGAAGGAUGUAGUAAUGCCAUUACUUGAAUACAUUCGUAAUCCAGUCGCUCUGGACAUUAUUCAUAAUGGAGCUACUUUUCAGGUUGCAGGGUUGACGAAUAGCUCUAAUUUAGAGGGAUCACAUAAAGUGCGUCAUUGUGUUGUGAAAUAUCAAAGUCUUGGUGAACAUGUGCUUGAAGUUGCCAAGAAGAGGUUGGACAACAUGUUGUUUGUAGGACUUACCGAAAAACACAAGGAAUCUGCCACAUUGUUUUCACAUGUGGUUGGUGCACAAGCAGUUUCCCAAUUGAUGGCAUUAAACUCAACUGCUGAGCAGACAACUGACAGUGAUUCAGAUUCAGAGUCCGACACUUCGCUUCAUCAGAAUAGUAGUUCAUACCAAAUGGUGAAACAAAUUACUCCUGCUAAAAUAGUUGAAGCCACAAAAGGGAAUAUGACUGUGGAGAACCUUAUGGAAGCUUAUGAGACCUGUGUUUCUAGCUUACGUAAAACUCAAGCACAAAGACGGAAUAUGUCUCUGAAUAGGAUCUCUCCUGCAAACUUUACAAAGGAGGAGCGUCUGCAUGUUCCCGAGCUAGUACUGCAGGAAAUCACUUCACUUAAUAAUCUGGACGUGCAACUGUACAAGUAUGCACAGGACAUAUUCGCAAAGCAACAUAGACAUAUGGUGCUGAAGUUAGCCAGUUCUGAAACCUAUAAACUGCAGGACACGAAGGAGACUAAGUUUACAUCUCCACUUGGCGCCGUUUACUGGAAAUUUGCCUUUAUAUCCACCAUUACGCUCCUCGUCUUUCUUUUACUAAUUGUAAUUGCCAGAAGAAAAAAAUCAAAGAUAAAAAUAUGACACUAAAAUGAUGCUAAUGCAAGCUUUUAUGAGAAAGCAAUGGAAGGAGGUCCCAAAUAUAUUGUUUUUGGUCCAUCUACUUUGUUUUUCUAUAGCCAACUAAGGGAAUUUUGUCUGAGAGCAGGUAAUCCUAUUAUGGUCAUAAUCUAUGUUCUUUACCUCGAUUGUAAUAUGUUAUGGUUACUUAAUGAGAAAGAAGAGAUGAUCCACAAGCA